UUCUGGUCUUGGGCCUGUGGGCUGCUGGAAGAGGGAGUAGGGACAACAGCCCUACUGACACAGUCAGUGGCCCCAGGGAUCUGGCCAUGAAAAGAGCCUUGGACCUCUGGCCCUUGGUCCUGGGUCUGCUUACGCUUGUAGGAGCUUUGGGUCCUACAAAGCCCCCAGAUGACAAUGCUACCAGUUUCAUGACCCAUGUCACCCCUGAAGGGACCCAGUCCACUUGGGAUGGGGAUAUUCCUGCUAUUAACCAAGGACUCAUCCCUGAAGAAUCCCCAGAGAGUAGCUUCCUUGUCGAAGGUGACAUCAUUAAGCGUCCCUUCCAGCUGUUUUCUGCUGCCAGUUUCAAAUGGCCCAAGAAGGAUGGAAUAGUAAAGAUCCCAUAUCUUUUCUCCAGCAAAUAUGAUCAGCCCAGCCGGGAAGUCAUUCUGGAGGCUUUUGCUGACUUUGAGCACUUCACUUGUGUUAGGUUUGUUCCUCGGACAAACCAGAAGGACUUUGUUUCCAUCAUUCCCAUGUCUGGGUGCUUCUCCAGUGUGGGACACAGUGGCGGGAUGCAGGUGGCCUCUCUGGCCCCCUUCUGCCUCCAGAAGGGUAAAGGUAUCGCGCUGCAUGAGCUCAUGCAUGUGCUGGGAUUCUGGCAUGAGCAUUCCCGUGCUGAUCGGGACCGUUACAUCCACAUCUCCUGGAAAGAGAUCCGGCCAGGCUUCGAAAUCAACUUCAUCAAAUCCCAGAACAGCAACAUGCUUGUGCCUUAUGACUACACAUCAGUGAUGCACUAUGGGCGAUAUGCUUUUAGCAAGAGCGGUAACACUACCAUCCUGCCACUGGCUGGACCAGACAUUCCCAUUGGUCAGCGGUGGAACCUAAGCACUUCAGACAUCAUUCGGAUCAAUAGGCUUUACGAAUGCAGCCAGACUGUGAAAGAUUCAGGGCUCCACGGUGAAAAUAAUGGCAGUCACAGAAAGUUGGGGGUUGUGGAAUUCAUCGACCAAAAAGAAAAGAAGCUCCGUCCUACAGAAGCCCCUUUCAAAGCUCUCCCUUCCCUGCAAGCUGUGAGCCAGGCUGGGGAAGGAAACAGAGCAUCUCCUGGCUGGCCCAUUUCAGCCCCUAGUGAACAUCCUCAGGGGAGAGAGAUGGCAAACACUACCUGGUCCAUUUCACCAUCUUCUCCUGGAGCAGCCUGGACACCAGAGAUAGUUUCCCCCUCUGAGGCAGUCGCUUCAGAGACUGUGAAGAACAGGCCCGUUAGUUUGCACAACCCAGAAACAGCUCUGCUUGUGAGUGAGCCAAGUACCUCUGCCCCUCUCCUCACACUGCUCUCUAGGGGGACAAUGGCCAGUUUUCCAGAACCCACGUCUCUGCCUGAGAUCCACAACAGCAUUCUAGCAGUGGGACAAAGAGGUGGAUUGCCGGGUACGCCCCUCCUUGGUAGAGGGGACUGGUCUGAGGGCAUGGCUCCCCUGGUUUCUUUUUCUUCUGGGUUACAGAGCCCCAGCCCAGACUGGUGGGCCAGACCCAAGAGCACCCCGGCAAGUACUCGGACCUCCCAUCCCAGCCUUGGCAGUGGCCCAGGACCCCACAGAUGUCAGCUGUGUCCCCAGGAGGAGACGGACUCGGCUCCCACUGCUGGAGGAAGGGCCCUGGCAAGCAGGAGCAGGGGAUUUCUCUGGCGUCUUCUAAAGGCCUUGACCAUGGCAUCAGCCUCCAGGAACCUGUCACCCCUCAGAGGGGCCAGAGCACAGGGUCUAGGGGCUGGAGACCAACUCUUUUCUGCAGAACUGAGAAGAGAUACAGCUUUGUCUGAGCCCCCAGGCGUGGUAUUCCCUACCCAUGGGACACACAAUCCCCAGGCUGCUGAAGAGCCAGCCCAGACCCUCAUAGAGGGAGAAAGAAGAGAAGCAGAUUUUGGGGAGGAAGAAAAACUAAAACAAAUAGCCUUUGGAGUAGCAACCGGUGUCCCAGAUGGAGCAAGGCAGAAGCUCUCCCUAAGCAUGGGUCAGGGCAGUACUUGGUCCAGGUGGGGACCCAAGCAUGGGAGUUCAGAGAAAGAUGUUCUAAAACAGCCCAGAAGGGAUAGUUUCUCCGGGGAUCAUGUGGGAGCGCAUCUCUCUCAAGCAAAGUCUCUAUCCAGCAGCCACAAUUUAAGUUGGGCAUCAAGCAUGGCUCUAACUCCAAGAGAAGGAAUUCCUGUUCUGAGGAGGGGAAACGGAGAUUUCAUGGUCCCCGGGGCCGUCUCGGGAAACCCAAUUAUCCCAAGCUUGGGAGUAGCCAGCAAUAGCACUAGGGAGGAAUUUGGAAGCGGCCCUUCUACUCUUUUCCCAGAGAAGAAGGCACCGACCAGCUCUCAAGAUGGGGAGCUUCAUUCUCUGCAGAUUCAGGCCUCCCAAAGUGAGGUGGGGCUUCCAAACACCCUGCCAGCAGCCAACAGUCAGACCCCUUCCUCGACCCCCGUGGCACCCGCCCUUUUCUUGAAGCCUCUGACUAACAAGAUUCCAGCUCAGAUGGAGUCGCUCGUGCUGGCUGCUUUCAUCCAGACUCCUCACCUGAGCCAUCUGAUGGAGAAUGUGACAAGAAACCGCUUUAUUUUCCCUGUUUCUCAGAGAAACCCCCCCUACCUGGGAAUGGAGACUCCAGAUGAGGCUUUUCAGAGGUCUGGAGGAGCUCACUCUAAGGUCAGGACCACCGCAGUUGAUGGGAAGGAAGAGAAACAAAUUGGUUCCCUUUUCACUGUGGGGUCAGCAUUUCCUGAAGGGGAAGUGGCCAGCCCUGCUGUCUCUGUAAAUUCAGUCUUGUCCCUGGAGGAUUCUGGGAACCAAAAGCCACAUCCUUCUGGAAGAAUAAUACAGGGGAGCCUGGGAGUAACUGAAAAGAAUCAGAUUCUUUCCUCUGCCCCUCUCAGAUGUCUCCCUGGAGGGAUCCAACUUUUCCUAGGGGGAUCCAUGAUCCCCCUGCUUCCUAUGGAGCCUGAGAGAAUUCCAAGGGGAUAUAAAUCCAAGGAAACUUUGAAAUUCCUGUCCUUAGGGGUGGGGAGAAAGGUAGCAUCCUUUCUUUCCUGGAUCUCCAACUCUAGCAGUGUCACACUGGGACAUCUGGUGCCUCUACCCCGAUCUCUAGAGGAUCCUCGGAGCCAAACUUUUCUUCUUGCCGAGACCAAACCGGGAAUGCUAAGACCAGAGAGGGCUGCUGAUCCCAAGUUAGCUGGGCCAGGAAUUGUACUUUUAAAAAGCCCAUUAGGCCUCUUGAGCCUUGUGCCUCUUUGGGAGUGCUGGGACCCAAGUGGAGUCAGAAAAUUGGCCUAUUUUUCAGAGCCUGAGGCUUUGGAGAAGGAAUAUUCCCCUGCUUCUGAUGAGAGCUCCUCUUCAGCUACAGAGGCCGUGGUCCUGCCCUUACAGACCCUUAAGACUCAAAUCCCUUUCCUUGACAGACCACAAGAGAAAAAAGGGAGGGACCAAUUUGGAAUUACACCUCUUCCUUUGAUCCAGACCACAGUAAAAAUGACCCAUUUGGUGAGGAAUAAAGUAAUACAGAUGCUAAGGGAAGAACAUGAAACCUCAAAGGAACAGGGAGGCAGAGACCCCAAAUUCCUCCCCUUCAGGUCCAGUUUUGGUGAAGCUUUGCCCUUGAGAAAUCCUUCCUUGGGGUUGGAUGCCUCUUUCCAGAGGCAUCCCCUGCUAGCUCUGGGGACUCAAACUAGUAACUGGGCUGAAGGGACACUUCCUCCCUUGGCCUCCUCAGCAGUGGGGUCGGAGCCGUGGCCGCAAGAAGGGGGAGCUGCUUGGACAAGAGUCCUCCCUGGGGAGCCCAUGGUGAAGGAGGGCAGACUCAAAUUUCAAGCCUACCACAAACUGCUUUCCCUGAUCGGGCCCGGGAUGGAGCCCCAGCUUACUGAUGUCCCCUCUGCACGGGAGGCUCACAAUGAGAAAGCCAGAGAAGAGGGCAAGACGCCUUCCCCAAGUCCUUCAAGGGCUGGACAUGGCAAUAAGCCCUCGACGGACUACUUCAACCCCAGAGAGACACUUAGUGUGAGUCUGCUCGACCAUAAGGCUUGGAUGGCGCAACACAGGGUCCAAAGUAGGCCUACUGAUGAUGAACAUAUCAGCCAGAUGCUGCCAUAUGGAAGUCUCCCAGCUGUGAGGAGGGAAACUGUCCCAACCACUUUUAAAACAGAGAGGGAGGCUGAGGAACUCAGAAAUGUGGUAGGGAAAAGUAAAAGCCUGGCUGAGUCCUCUGCUGUCCAUUCUGAAAGAGCCAAGUCUUCCUCAAGCCAGUUACAUUUGGUCAACCUAUCUUCUCCACUGGACCAACCUAUAAAGUCCACAAAGACUAAAUCAAAAGUCCCUAGCUCCCAGGGAAGAAAGGGGGGAUUAGUUUCUUUUUCCUCAAUGGGUAUCACUUUACCUUUAGACAAAACUAGCUCCCCUUCCCUUUCCCCCUCUAGCUCCCCUUCUUUCUCUUCACCUCUUCCCCAGAAUCUGGCCGUCACUAAAUUAUCCACAGUUGCUUCAGUCAUAAGGAAAGCAACCACCCUACAGACACACCAACAGAGCCUUCCCCUCCAUAAAAGUGGCUUUUUGCAGGGUCCACAUAAGGCUAACAUUGGUAAUCCAGCUUCAAGGACUCCUCAGGCCUGUGACCAGACAGAGCAGGGAGGGAGCUGUGCCCAGAGCCCAGAGGACCCUGCUUCUGGGAACUCAUCAGGGAACAUCAACUCUCAAGGUCCAGGUCUGGGCUCUUUGCCCCAUCCGAGGCAGUUGGAGCCAGUCUCUUUAGUGAGACUUGGAGCACAAAGACAAAGCUCUGAGCUGGAGGCUACAUCUGGGCAUUCUUGGCUCUGCCUCGAUGGAGACUGCUGGGAGGUCAUUUUGCAAAGCCUUGAGUCUUCCCAAGACCUUGAGACUACUAGUGUAAAAAUCCUACGGGCCAAAAGCCCUGGGCCAAAGCCUCUCCAGAGGGAAGGGACAGGCACUGGUCCCCCCAGAGAUGUCCAGAUGCCAGAGGAGGGACGUGGGUCCAUGCAGCCGUCACCCCCCACAGAGUCAGUUCAUCCAGACUGGUCAAGCUCAGGGCCCCAUUUUAUGGGCACUUCCUUGAGAUUUGCCCUUUCUGGGAGCAGGACAGAACCUUGGUUCUUUGACUGGUUCUGUGACUUUGAGACAGACUUGUGUGGCUGGCAGCAGAAUGGGACCGGUGCUGUUUGGGUGCUCACUCGAGACCAGAACAGUGAUCCCUGGAGGAGCAGCCACCCCAUGGAGAGCUCUUGUCCUUUCCCUGGAGGAAGCCAUCUGUCUCUGAAGAGCCAGACUUCUCCACAAACAAUCCCCAAAGCUGUUCUGAUUAGCCCAAUUUUGCAUGGAGCCAGAUGGGUGCGAUUUUGGUAUGGUCCCCUGCAGCCAGCCAUGGGAUCCAUUAGUGUCUAUGUCUACUCUCGGGCUCAAUUUGGGUGGCAUCUAAUCUGGUCCAGCAUGGGGCACCGGAGCUUAUCCUGGAGCUGGGUGGAAAUGAAACUGUGGGCAUCCCGGAAGGUACAGGUGAUGGUGGAGGGGAUUCAAGGCCCAGAAGAUGGUGCUCAUGUGAGCAUUGAUAAUCUUUCUGUCUCUAGUCACCAAUGGCCAAAGGGAGAAACCAAGCUUCCUUGUCAUUCUUUUGGGGAUGUUUUAAAUAAAGCUUAAAUUAAAAAAAUAAGUUUUGAGCUGUCAUAUUUGAGUUUUAAUAUUAAGGGGAACUUACAUAUAAAAAUUCAAUAUACUUAUUAAAUAUCUAAUGUGAAUCCAAAAUAUAGUGCUAGAUAUUAGGUAGCUUCUUUCCUUUAUGGAAUUUACAUUUUAUGGGGAUUUCCAAGUAAAACUGAGAUAAUUUGAGAAGGGUAAG